CUCUGAAACCAAGUAGGAAAUAUUUUGUUGAUCAUUACACAGAAGACUACAUAAACUCUAAGCUUGCUGUUAAUUCUUUAUGAUGAUAAAAAGAUGCUGACAUUUGUCGCAUUCGUUGCACUUCAAAGACUUGAAAACAAUAAAACUUGAACCUUUUAUUUAAUGGAGCCAUGACUCUUUACACUCAAAUCUAGAGAUCUUCCUUGUAGGAAAAUCUCUGUAAAGUUCAAAAAGCCCUCUUCUUCAGUUCCCAGAAGCCUGAGUUUGGUCUUCUGGGUUUGGUUCCUUCUUCUUAGAGCUCAUUUCUAUUUGGCAGGCAUGGAGAGAAUAUCAUAUAGCAUGCUCACUGUAUUUGUUAUUUCCCUUUCGUUUCACCAGUCCAUGGGGCUAAAUGCUGAGGGACAAUACCUCUUGGAUAUAAAGAGUAGAAUUGGUGACGCCUAUGACCAUCUUAGCAACUGGAAUCCUAAUGAUUCCACUCCUUGUGGAUGGAAAGGUGUGAAUUGCAUCAGUGAUUACAAUCAAGUAGUUUGGUGUCUUGAUUUGAGUUCAAUGAAUCUUUCCGGUUCUUUAUCACCAAGUAUAGGUGGAUUGGUUCAUCUGACACUUCUUAAUCUUUCUUUUAAUUUCUUGUCCAAAAAUAUACCUAGCGAGAUUGGAAACUGUUCUAGUUUGGAGGUUCUUUAUCUGGACAAUAACCUUUUUGUAGGCCAGCUCCCUGUAGAAUUAGCUAAGCUUUCCCGUUUGACAGAUUUGAAUAUAGCCAACAACAGAAUAUCCGGGCCCCUUCCUGAUCAGAUAGGAAAUCUUUCCUCUCUGUCACUAUUGAUUGCCUAUAGUAAUAACAUCACUGGUCCAUUGCCUGCUUCUCUUGGCAACCUUAAGAACUUGCGUACUUUUAGGGCAGGGCAGAAUUUGAUAUCGGGAAGCUUACCCUCAGAGAUAGGUGGAUGUGAGAGUUUGGAAUAUCUUGGUCUUGCACAAAAUCAGUUAAGUGAAGAAAUACCAAAAGAAAUUGGAAUGCUUCAGAAUUUGACAGAUUUGAUCCUUUGGUCUAAUCAGCUUUCUGGGUCUAUUCCAGAGGAGCUAGGCAAUUGCACCAAUUUGGGGACCCUCGCUCUCUACGAUAACAAACUUGAGGGGCCUAUGCCCCAGGAACUUGGUAGUCUUCUAUUUCUCAGGAGGUUAUACCUCUACAGAAAUAACUUGAAUGGAGCAAUCCCAAAAGAAAUUGGGAAUCUGUCUUUUGCAGUGGAGAUUGACCUCUCCGAGAAUGAGUUGACUGGAGAGAUACCAACUGAGCUGACAAAGAUACCUGGGCUGCAAUUGCUUUAUAUUUUUGAGAACGAGCUUAACGGUUCCAUACCAGAUGGGCUCACAACUUUGGAAAACCUGACAAAGCUUGACCUCUCCAUCAAUUAUCUCUCUGGUACUAUUCCUAUGGGGUUCCAGCAUAUGAAGCAACUGGUUAUGUUGCAGCUCUUCAACAACUCAUUGAGUGGCAUCAUUCCUCAAGCACUUGGAGUCUACAGCAAACUUUGGGUGGUUGACUUGUCAAAUAAUCACUUAACAGGAGAAAUCCCGCGGCAUCUUUGCAGAAAUGAAAACCUGAUUUUACUGAACCUGGGGUCAAACAAUCUCACAGGUUAUAUCCCAACUGGAGUCACAAAUUGCAAGCUACUGGUGCAACUUCAUCUUGCUGCAAAUGGCCUUGUGGGGAGUUUCCCGUCGGAUUUGUGUAAGAUGGUGAACCUCUCAAGUCUUGAAUUGGAUCAGAACAAGUUCACUGGGCCAAUUCCUCCAGAGAUAGGUCAAUGUCAUGUUUUGCAAAGGCUGCAUCUCUCAGGUAACUAUUUUACUGGUGAAUUGCCUAGACAGAUAGGCAAACUCUCUCAGCUGGUGAUUUUUAAUGUCUCAUCGAAUUUUCUCACCGGAGUGAUACCAGCAGAGAUUUUUAGCUGCAAGAUGCUUCAACGGCUUGAUCUCACCGGGAAUAGUUUUGUGGGUGCUAUACCAAGUGAGAUAGGAGCCCUUUCCCAACUUGAGAUUCUCAUGCUUUCAGAGAAUCAACUUUCUGGGAAUAUACCUGUGGAAGUAGGAAAUUUGUCGCGCUUAACUUACUUGCAAAUGGGAGGCAACUUAUUUUCCGGUGAGAUACCAGUUACAUUAGGUGGCAUUUUGAGCUUGCAGAUUGCACUGAAUCUUAGUUACAACAAUCUCUCUGGGCCAAUCCCCGCAGAGCUUGGGAAUCUUGUGUUGCUGGAAUUUCUGCUGCUCAACAACAAUCAUUUGAGUGGCGAAAUCCCAGGCUCCUUUGAGAAAUUAUUUAGCUUGCUUGGAUGCAACUUUUCUAACAAUGACUUGACAGGGCCCUUACCUUCCCUGUCACUCUUUCAAAAGACAGGCAUCGGCAGCUUUUUUGGGAACAAAGGGCUUUGUGGUGGACCUUUUGGCAAUUGUAAUGGAUCUCCAUCUUUUUCGUCUAAUCCCUCAGAUGCUGAAGGGAGAAGCCUUCGUAUAGGGAAAAUCAUAGCUAUUAUUUCAGCAGUCAUUGGUGGGAUUUCUCUCAUUUUAAUUUUAGUCAUUGUAUACUUCAUGAGACGUCCUGUCGAUAUGGUUGCUCCCUUGCAAGAUAAAUCAUCCUCUUCUCCCAUUUCAGACAUUUACCUUUCCCCCAAGGAUGAAUUCACUUUCCAGGACUUAGUUGUGGCCACUGAGAAUUUUGAUGAUAGCUUCGUUAUAGGAAGGGGAGCCUGUGGAACCGUAUAUAGGGCAGACUUGCCAUGUGGUCGUAUCAUUGCAAUUAAAAGGCUAGCAUCUCACAGGGAGGGAGGCAAUAUUGACAAUAGUUUCCGUGCUGAAAUUCAAACUUUGGGAAAUAUCAGGCAUCGGAAUAUUGUGAAGCUGUAUGGUUUCUGCUACCACCAAGGUUCCAACCUACUUCUUUAUGAAUACUUAGCAAAGGGUAGCUUGGGAGAAUUGCUCCAUGGAUCACCCUCUAGUCUUGAUUGGCGAACAAGAUUCAAGAUUGCCCUCGGAGCUGCUCAUGGUCUUGCUUAUUUGCAUCAUGAUUGCAAGCCUCGAAUAUUUCAUCGUGACAUAAAGUCUAAUAACAUUCUGCUUGAUGAGAAAUUUGACGCUCGUGUUGGGGACUUUGGACUAGCUAAGGUGAUUGACAUGCCGCAUUCAAAAUCAAUGUCCGCAGUUGCUGGUUCUUAUGGCUAUAUUGCCCCUGAAUAUGCAUACACUCUGAAAGUCACCGAAAAGUGCGACAUAUACAGCUACGGAGUAGUCUUACUGGAAUUGCUGACUGGCAGAACACCCGUGCAACCACUAGAUCAAGGCGGCGAUCUUGUAUCAUGGGUAAGAGAUUACAUUCAAGUCCAUUCCUUAUCACCUGGAAUGCUUGAUGAUCGAGUCAAUAUGCAAGAUCAGAACACGAUCCCUCAUAUGAUUACUGUCAUGAAAAUUGCUUUGCUCUGCACAAGUAUGUCUCCUGUCGACAGACCAACAAUGCGAGAGGUUGUUUUGAUGCUUAUUGAGUCUAAUAAGCUCGAAGGAUUCUUGGAUUCCUCCUCCUCGCAGACUCAUCAUUGUAAUUCGAGCGACGAACUUAUUGUACAUGUGUAAUAAAUAACACUAGAGUUUUCUUUACCAGAAAGAUUUUUUUAGUAGGUAAAUCAUCCUAGUGCAAGUCACUAAGAGAAGCACAAACUGCCUUGUAUAUUCCUAACACAAUAAUAUUGCUCAUCUCCAUUUUGAUUAUCUAA